AUGCCUUCCAUCAUGAAGCUCGUUGCUGCGGCUCUCGCCGUUGCCCCCCUCGCUGCCGCGCAGACCUACUCCAACUGCAACCCUACCAAGAAGACUUGCCCAGCUAACCCCGGUAGCACUGAGUCUGACCUGAAGUUCGACUUCACCCAGCCCAGUGGCUUGGACAAGUGGACCACCACUGCUGGCAAGGUCAACACUGGCAGCAAUGGUGCCGAGUUCACUAUCAACAAGAAGGGCGAUGCCCCCACCAUCCAGACCGACUUCUACUUCUUCUACGGUGAGAUCACCGUAGAGAUGAAGACUGCUCCUGGCCAGGGUAUUGUCAGCUCCAUUGUUCUGGAGUCCGAUGACCUCGAUGAGGUUGACUGGGAGGGCAUUGGUGGCAACAACGGCCAAAUUGAGACCAACUACUUUGGAAAGGGUGACACCACUACUUACGACCGUGACACUUGGCCCGCAGUUGCCACUCCUCAGAAUACUUUCCACAAGUACACCGUCAACUGGUCCAAGGAGUCCCUCGUCUGGUCCAUCGACGGCAAUGUCGUCCGCACUCUCAACUAUGCCGAUGCUCAAGGCGGCUCUCGCUUCCCUCAGACCCCCAUGAACCUUCGCAUCGGUAUCUGGGCUGGUGGUGACUCUAGCAACGGCCAGGGAACCAUCGACUGGGCCGGUGGUGUUACCGACUACUCUGCCGCUCCCUUCAGCAUGUACAUCAAGAGCGUCGAGAUCAAGAACGCCAACCCUGCCGAGUCCUACACCUGGUCUGACAUGUCUGGUUCUUCCGACUCUAUCAAAUUCACCGGCUCCAACGCUGUCAGCGCCCGCAGCACUACCACUACUGCUGCCCCUACCUCUGUCACUGAGGCUUCUCCCGCCCAGACUUCCUCCGCCGAGGCUUCCACCACCGAGGCCUCCUCCACUCCCACCACCCUGGUGACUUCUACCCAGAGUUCCUCUGCCUCCUCCGGUACUGGCUCUUCCACUGCCGCCAGCACUGGUGCCUCUAGCUCCGGCGCCUCUUCCUCCGGUGUUUCUGGGAGCUCCAGCUCCGCCGGUGCCACUCAGACUGGCUCCGGCGCCGGCUCCGGCUCUUCCAGCUCCGGCUCUGGCAGCUCUGGCACCAGCACUCAGACCGGCUCAGGCUCCAGUACCAGUGCCUCGGCCUCUGCCAGCUCCAGCCCCGCCUUCAACGCGGCUUCCAACGUCGCUGCCAGCUACAUGGGCCCCGUGUCCAUCUUGGCUCUGGUGGCCACCUUCUUCCAGCUGUAA